CCAGAGGACGCGCUGCGUCGUUACUUUUGAAACGCUUGGCGGGGAAUUGUUAAGGAGCCGCUGCGGUCGCUGUCCGCGGAGUGGAAGCGCGUGCGUUUGCUUGUGUCCGUGGCCAUGGCGCUGCAGCUCUCCCGGGAACAGGGAAUCACUCUGCGCGGGAGCGCCGAAAUCGUGGCCGAGUUCUUCUCAUUUGGCAUCAACAGUAUUUUAUAUCAACGUGGCAUAUAUCCAUCUGAAACCUUUACUCGAGUGCAGAAAUAUGGACUCACCUUGCUUGUAACUACUGAUCUUGAGCUCAUAAAAUACCUAAAUAAUGUGGUGGAACAACUAAAAGAUUGGUUAUACAAGUGUUCAGUUCAGAAACUGGUUGUAGUUAUCUCAAACAUUGAAAGUGGUGAGGUCCUAGAAAGAUGGCAAUUUGAUAUUGAGUGUGACAAGACUGCAAAAGAUGACAGUGCACCCAGAGAAAAGUCUCAAAAAGCUAUCCAGGAUGAAAUCCGUUCAGUGAUCAGACAGAUCACGGCUACAGUGACAUUUCUGCCACUGUUGGAAGUUUCUUGUUCGUUUGAUCUGCUGAUUUAUACAGACAAGGAUUUGGUUGUACCUGAAAAAUGGGAAGAGUCAGGACCACAGUUUAUUACCAAUUCUGAGGAAGUCCGCCUUCGUUCAUUUACUACUACAAUCCACAAAGUAAAUAGCAUGGUGGCCUACAAAAUUCCUGUCAAUGACUGAGAAUGAAAUGAGGAAAAUAAUGUAAUUGUUAUUUUGAAAUGUGGUUUUCCUGAGAUCAAGUCAUCUAUAGUUGAUACAUUUUAUUUCAUUGGUUAAUUUUGGCAUGGAGAAAACCGAAAUUAUACUUACUGAACUGUGUGUAAUUGUUUUUCUUUUAUUUUUUGGUACCUAUUUGAGUUACCAUGGAGUUAGCAUCAUGAGCAUGUUGCACAUUGUUCAAAAAGAACCAGGAUUUUUUUGGUCAACACUGUAAUGUAAAUUCCUUUGAAGAUAGUAACUGUAGAUGGAAAAACUUGGGCUAUAAAGCUAAAUGCUUUCCUACAUCAGAUGUUUUGGUCAAGUAGCUUGACUCGGUAUAGGUAAGGAGAUAUUUAAAUAUAAGAUACAGCAAAGGAAGUCUAUUUAGAAGUUUUGUUAAGAUCCUGAAAGUAAUAAUCUAUAAACAAUGAAAUAUUGCUCUGUUAGGUUCUUUUGACAUUUUUUUCAUGUAUAGUUUUCCCUGUUUUUGAAUCAAUUUCCAAUUAUUUGACCUUAAUUUAUAUAACUUGAACCUAUGAAGCAAUGGAUAUUUGUACUGUUUAAUGUUCUGUUAUGCAGAACUCCUAAAAAUGUUUUUUUGUGUGUGCGUGUGUGUGUGUUUUAUAAAAUCAAGGUUUAAGUGAAAGCAAGGAAAUAAAGUUGUUUGUUUUAAAUUUGUCUUAAAA